AUGCUCAACUCAUCACGAAAUUGCAGCUCUGAAUUUCAAAAGAAGCUGCUUCCUCCUAUGUACGGAGUUGAAUUCUGCAUCGGAUUUCUCGGCAAUGUCUUUGCUCUGGUCCUGCUGCUGACAAAAGAAAGACAGAAUUGGCACCCUGGAGUGGUCUUCUCCUGUAACCUCAUCAUCAGUGACCUCCUCUAUGUACUAACCCUGCCGCUACUCAUCACUUACUACUCAAACAACAAAAACUGGACCUUUGGUGUCGCUGCAUGCAAAAUUGAGCGUUUCCUUUUCACCUGUAACCUCUACGUGAGCAUUUUCUUCAUUUUGUGCAUCAGUGUAAACAGAUAUAUAGCUAUUGUUCAUCCCCUCUUCACACAUAGCUAUGUGCGCCCUAAACAUGCCAAGAUCACCAGUGUGUUAGUCUGGGUCAUAGUAGCUAUCAUCUCUUCACCAAUUCUCAAAUAUGCCAGUACACAACUCAGAGAGGAAAAGAACACAACUCUCUGUGUCUCUAAGAGCAAAGGAGCUGAGAUUGAACUUUCUCACUUCAAUUACAGACUUUCUCUGACUGUGCUGGGGUUUUUGAUACCGCUGGUGCUGACUUUUGCAUCAUACAUAGGUCUAAUUAGGGUAGUUUUCAAAAAUGCCAAAAUCAGGUCACAGCAGAAAAGGAAAGUGGCUUUGUUGGUUGGCUCAGUGUGCACACUCUAUGCCCUGUCUUUUAUUCCCUAUCACAUUCUGCAAACUUAUCACUAUUCCCUGAAGAAGAGAACGUGUUUGCAGUACAACGCAUACCAAGUAACAAAGGGAUUGGCCACACUAAACAUGUGCAUUCACCCCCUCCUCUACAUGGCCGUGUUUGACAGCAUCAGAAUGGUUUGCUGUGGAAAAAGUUCAGAGACUUAUUCAGAGACCUGUUCAGAGAGGAUUUAA